UGGCAGUCGUGAAUGAGGAGGGCCGCGGAGGCUGGCGGGCAGGUAGCCCUCCCGGGGGAGAUUGGUUGCCCUGCCCUUGGAGGGUUAAUUGCUUCCCAGGAUCUGGCUUGCUUAAUGGAAGAAAUAGGCCGCCGGAUCUAGGAGACAGCAUAGGAAUAAUUGUUUUAAGGAACAUUUUGCCAACUUGAUUGCUGCAGGACAGUUCAAAAUCUGGAGCUUGAUACUUGUGGGGUUUUGCCCCACACAUGCUCAUGACAACACAGCCUUUGGACAGAAAAAACUGGUUCUCUGUAGCCGUGAAAUCCUCUGUGAUGGCAGCUGCAGUUGCCACGAAGACAGCUUGGAAGCUGCAGGAAAUUACAGCUCACAGCAGCAAUGUUUCUUCACUGGUGCUGGGCAAAAAUUCGAGCCGGCUACUGGCAACUGGUGGAGAUGACUGUCGGGUUAACAUCUGGUCAGUUAACAAGCCCAACUGUAUUAUGAGUUUGACUGGUCAUACAACUCCGGUAGAGAGUGUGAAGAUCAAUACCAAUGAAGAACUGAUUGUUGCAGGGUCCCAGUCAGGCUCCAUUCGAAUCUGGGACCUGGAAGCUGCCAAAAUUCUUCGUACAUUAAUGGGUCACAAAGCAAACAUCUGCAGCCUAGAUUUCCAUCCUUAUGGAGGCUUUGUAGCUUCAGGCUCUAUGGAUACCAAUGUUAAGCUUUGGGAUGUCAGGAGAAAAGGCUGUGUCUUUAGGUACAAGGGUCACACGCAAGCCAUCAGGUGUCUCCGAUUUAGCCCUGAUGGGAAGUGGCUGGCAUCCUCUGCAGAUGAUCACACUGUGAAGCUGUGGGAUCUGGCUGCCGGAAAGAUCAUGUGCGAGUUCACAGAACACACAGGCCCAGUAAACGUCGUUGAAUUCCAUCCCAAUGAAUACCUUUUGGUCUCUGGUAGUUCUGACAGAACCAUCAGGUUCUGGGACUUGGAAAAGUUCCAGGUAGUGAGCUGCAUUGAAGAAGAGGCCAAUCCUGUCAGGUGUGUGCUGUUUAACCCAGAUGGCUGCUGCUUGUAUGCCGGUUGCCACGAUUCUCUGCGAGUGUACGGCUGGGAGCCUGAGCGCUGCUUCGAUGUGGUCACGGUGAAUUGGGGCAAAGUCGCUGAUUUGUCCGUCUGUAACAACCAACUGGUUGGAGUUUCUUUCACACAAAGCAUUGUGUCUUCAUUUGUUGUGGAUCUGAACAAAGUCUCAAAAUGUGGGUCUGGCCUCCAUGGACUGGUUAAGGAUGACAAGCCUCUUGUUCAGCCAGUGUCCGUGGGCUCCUCCCUCCGACGCAUCUAUGACAGGCCGCCAACGACAUGCAGCAGACCCCAAAGAUUGAAACACAAUUCAGAGAGUGAGAGGCGUAGUCCCAGUAGUGAAGAUGACAGGGAAGAAAAAGAAUCUACUGCAGAGAUCCAGAACCCAGAAGACUACAAGGAGAUCUUCCAGCCAAAGAAUUCUAUCACUCGAACUCCACCCUGCAAGAGUGAGCCUUUUCCCGCACCUCCUGAGGAUGAGCCCACACUUGCAAAAGAAACAUCCAGGCCAAGUCAGGCUGCAGAUAGCCAAUCCACAUUGCCAAGCCAAGAGAAUCCUAGCCCUAUUCAGAGGCCACCAAUAGCCUCCUCAGCCACCAUUACCAGGGUUGAGCCCUCAGUGAUCCCUGCUGCCAGGAAUGAGCCCAUUGGGCUGAAAGCCUCUGACUUCUUGCCGGCCAUGAAGAACCAAAGCUUGACAGAAAUUGUAGAUGAUGAGGCCAUGUCUCAAAUCCGGAAGGGCCACGAGACCAUGUGCGUGGUGCUUACCAGCCGGCACAAGAAUCUAGAUACGGUGCGGGCCGUGUGGAGCACUGGAGACAUCAAGACAUCUGUGGACUCUGCUGUGGCUAUCAAUGACCUUUCUGUGGUAGUCGAUCUCCUGAACAUUGUCAACCAGAAGGCGUCUCUGUGGAAGCUUGACCUGUGCACUGUCAUCUUGCCCCAGAUAGAGAAACUUCUUCAAAGCAAAUACGAAAGUUACGUCCAGACAGGCUGCACUUCACUGAAGCUGAUCCUGCAACGCUUCUUGCCCCUGAUCACAGACAUUCUUGCAGCGCCACCAUCGGUGGGGGUAGAUAUCAGCCGCGAGGAGAGGCUCCAUAAGUGCCGUCUGUGCUACAAGCAGCUGAAGAACAUCAGCAACGUCAUCAAGAACAAAUGUGGACUCAGUGGCCGCCAUGGCAGUGCCUUCCGUGAGUUGCACCUCCUUAUGGCUGUCCUUGAGUGACAUCUACUGCCUGCUCUGCAAACAUGCCACUGAGGAUAAGUCUUCCUCUCCAUGGUCUCCCAUUCCAGUCAGCUUUGGAUAAUUUUGUGUGGUGUCCAGUCUGUACACUCCUUCAAAGGGAGGGGGUACUAGCUCACUGCUCCAUCUUCAGUGCCUUGCAGGCUGGAUUGCAAACCAAGCUGUCUCCAUCCAAGACAGCCCGCCUCCUUUCUGCACAUACACACCCUCCUUCGCAUGCAGUGGCUGGGCAGCAUCCUUUGUUCCUAGGGACCACAAUGACUGGGACCACCAGCCCCCUUUAUUUGUGAGCUCUCCUUCCUUUCCAGCCUUUACUGUUGUCUCAUUGGCUUCAUCACUCCAGUCAAGGGAGGGGUCCGGGGUGAGACCUGUCUUAUCUGUUUGUGCCAGUUGUGUAGCUACAUUUGCCUCUUGGAAAGACAGCUCUUGGGCUGGAGGGGCUGGGGCCAGUGUGUCUACUCCUCCUUGGUUUUUCACCAUGGUGGAACCUUCAGUGCUUGAGAAUGGGAUGUUUCCUGUUCAUGAAGCUGUAACUUAUAAUUUUAUUAAAAUGUUUGUAACUUU